AUGAAUGAAGGAGUGCCAAAUAGACGGCUCAAUUUUGCCUCAGAGAGCUCAACCGUUUCGCCCGCUAAAAAAUCAGCUGAUAACAAUUUGAAAAAGUUACUUGGUGUGGAUUCGAAGAAGAAGGAUCAGUCCAUUUCGAAUGUGCAAGAGGAAGAUAGCGUUAUUGAUAAUAGUUGUAACGAGGAGGCUAAGAAAAUUGCUGCAGCCGCUCUAGCUGCUGUCAGAAACGCAACCGCAACCGCUGCAGCUGCAUCGAGCCGUGGCAAGAUUGAGAUAACGGAGGUCAAAGACUUUGCUGGUCAAGAGAUCGAAGUGAAGCGGUUAGUGGAAGCGGAUUCGAAGGAGGCAUUGGAGAGGGGAAACAAAGGCUCCUCUUCUUCCUCGGCGGCGGCGGGAAAGACAUCGGCUGUUGAUGCGGUUCUGGAGCAGAUAAAGAAGAAGCAGAAGCUGAGUGUUUUGGACAAGACGAAGAAAGAUUGGGGUGAGUACAAGGAGGAAAACAAAGGUGUUGAAGACGAGCUGGAUAAGUACAAGAAGAGCUCGGACAAGUAUCUGGACAAAGUUUCGUUCUUGGAGAGAGCUGAUUACAGACAGUUUGAGAAAGAGAGAGACGCUCGUUUGGCUCUUCAGUCCAAGAGAAAACACGAUGAUGCCUGA